AUGUUCACUCGCAACGAAACUCCACGUGCAAAUGCGACCCACGCUUUUGCUAGCAGCAUUCUGAACCGCGCUCUUGCGCACAAACCGAAACUCUCCUUUAGACGUAAGGGAGAAAAUAUAUGGGAUCACAUGGUUCACGAACACCCAGAAUACAUAAGAGACAAUGCCACCGGAGACAUUGCCGAUGACUCGUAUCACAAGUACGAGGAGGAUGUCAGACUGCUCGCAGAAUUGGGAUCCGAUUUCUAUCGCUUCUCCAUAUCUUGGGCUCGCAUACUUCCCAAAGGAGAUUUGAGCCAAAUUAAUCAAUUGGGUAUCAACUACUACGAUAACCUCAUCAACGAGCUCUUAGACAAGGGCAUCGAGCCGCUGGUCACCAUGUACCACUGGGACCUCCCACAGGCGCUGCAGGAACUGGGUGGCUGGCCUAACCCCAUCCUCGUCGACUACUUUGAAGACUACGCCAGGUUGCUCAUCGAAACCUAUGGCGACAGGGUAAGAUCUUCUAAUGCUGUAACAAAUGCGGUGCUGUAA